AUGGCGGACCAGAAUCGCAGCGGCGGAGACACCGUCGCGAUCUGUGUACGUACCCUAACCGGUGAAUCGACGACUGCUCUGGUUUCUUCGAAAGGGACGAUUCAUGACCUGAAAAUUGCCCUAAAAUCUUCUUUCCUUCCCGCUUCUUCUUCCCCCAAUUUCCAUCUGUUUUCCAAGGGAGCGAAAUUGAGUUUGAACAGUAGAGUGUCUGAUAUCACCGUUAAUGGAGGUGAUCUCUUGGUUUUGGUACCUUUUGCUAAGAAGGAACAUUCACAGACCCCAAAAACUGAGUUUUCAGAGCCUUCCUCGGCUUCGAGGUUCUCGAAUUCCGCGUAUUCUGGAUUGAUUCGAGAAUGUUCGACUUCUACUAGAGACGAAACCGCUGCAAGAGCUGAGAGUCGUUCUUCGGUUGGGACGAAACGGAAACGGAAACGGGAUCAAGAAACGUGUCCGGUUGAGUUCUUGAGAGGUGUUUUGGAGUCUGAUUGUAAAGAUGCGUUCAAGGGUCAGAACACAGAAAAAAAGCUUGCUGAGGUUUUAAAGUCUAGGAAUUGCUUGACAUCACCUGGUUUCGGAAAGUGCUUGAUGUCGAGGGAAACAAGUAGCUAUUCGUGUUCUUGUCCAGAUUGGUUGAAAUUGAUAAUGGAGACGUUCACUUUUUUGAACCUCUUUUCAUCUCUUAUUGAAUCUCUUGGUGAUAAAUUGUAUUUUACAUGCUUGAAUGAAUCGCUUGACCGGUUAGCAAUGUCUGGAGUUCGUGUUGGUAUAGAGGACGUAAAGAAUUUGUCGAUUAUAUGCCCCAAGGUAGUAAAGGUUGUCACUGAUGAAUUUGAGGCUGCGAACUAUAAGAAUGCUAUAGUUAUAGCUGAUUUUCUGGAGACAGAAGGUGGAAAAAUUGAAAAAUCAGGUCGGAAAAAAACUCCACUUGCAACGGUCUUUAGUUCUAUGAAAAAGCGGGAUACUUCUUUUAAGGCGGAAUUGUGGGAGUCCAUCAAAUCCCUAUUGCAAAAAAAUCGAUGUAAGAGGGGAAUAACUAUUUCCUUGGAGGACAUGCUUAUAUUUGCUGGGGAAGGUAAAGGUGUUGGUGGAAUCGAAGCUAGAGAGGCUGGAAAAGACAGCUUUCAUCAUUCCCGGACUUUGUGUCGUGACAAAAAUUCAUUGCUACCAUUGGAGAUGGUUGAACAUCUGAGGAAAGGUUUUGGAUCUAAAGGACAGAUAGUUCACGUUGAAGAUAUCAAAGCUAGAAAAGCUGUCUACGUCGAGAUACCAGAUGAGCUCUCAGAAAUCACGAAAUCUGCCUUGAAACGAAUAGGAAUCAAUACAUUAUAUAGCCAUCAGGCUGAAUCGAUUUCAGCAGCUUUGUCUGGGAAGAAUGUUGCCGUUGCCACUAUGACUUCCAGUGGAAAAUCUCUUUGCUAUAACAUUCCAGUCUUUGAGGAAUUGACCAAAGAUACAGAUGCUUGUGCCUUGUACUUAUUUCCGAUCAAGGCCUUAGCUCAGGACCAAUUUAGAGCGAUGUCUGAUUUAAUAAAAGGAUAUGAAGCUAGCAUAAAUUUGGGGGUGUAUGAUGGUGAUACGCCUCAGAAGGAUAGAACAAGGCUGAGGAAGAGCUGUAGACUGCUCAUCACAAAUCCUGACAUGUUACAUAUGUCAAUCUUGCCUCUCCAUGGACAAUUCUGCCGGAUUUUAUCAAACAUUAGGUACAUUGUAAUCGAUGAAGCCCAUACUUACAAGGGAGCAUUUGGCUGCCACACAGCCCUUAUAUUGAGAAGAUUUCGCCGCCUGUGCUCUCAUGUAUAUGGCACCAAUCCGUCAUUCAUAUUUUGUACUGCAACUUCUGCUAAUCCUCGAGAACAUUGCAUGGAGCUUGCAAACCUGUCUGAGCUUGAGCUGAUAGAAAUUGAUGGAAGUCCUUCCUCUGACAAGCUUUUUGUUCUGUGGAAUCCCUCAGUCUUACCAACAACUAGUAAAUCUGAAGUAGGUACGAAAGUCAUGAGUGCGAAAGUCAUGAGUAGUGAUGAAGCUGCUGAACAUAGAUCAUCAAGCCCACUUUCUGAAGUUUCACACCUUUUCGCAGAGAUGGUUCAACAUGGCCUACGCUGCAUUGCUUUCUGCCGAUCUCGCAAACUUUGUGAACUUGUUCUGUGUUUUACGCGUGAAAUUCUUGCUAAGACUGCUCCUCACCUGGUAAAAGCCAUAUCUUCAUAUCGUGGAGGCUACAUUGCUGAGGACCGGAGAAAAAUAGAAAGCGACUUAUUUGGUGGAAGGCUUUGUGGUAUUGCUGCAACAAACGCACUUGAGUUGGGGAUUGAUGUCGGUCACAUAGACGUUACUUUGCAUUUAGGGUUUCCCGGCAGUAUUGCCAGUCUUUGGCAGCAAGCGGGUCGCUCUGGAAGGCGAGAAAGGCCGUCUCUUGCCGUAUAUGUUGCCUUUGAUGGUCCCCUUGACCAAUACUUCAUGAAAUUCCCAACCAAACUCUUCCGUGGCCCAAUUGAGUGUUGCCAUAUUGAUUCUCAAAAUCAGCAGGUCCUUGAGCAGCAUUUGGCUUGUGCUGCUCUUGAGCACCCAUUGAGUUUGCAGCACGAUGAAAAACACUUUGGUUCUGGUCUAAGCAACACUGUUGAAUUGCUCAAGAACAGAGGAUUCUUGAUUUUUGAUCUGUCCCGUGAUUCUUCUGCUAGAAUAUGGACCUAUAUUGGCCGAGAGAAAAAACCUACGCGGAAAGUCUCUAUCCGGGCCAUAGAGGCAGAAAAAUACAUAGUCAUGAGAAAAGGAAGUGAUAAUGUACUCGAUGAAAUCGAGGAAAGCAAAGCCUUUUUCCAGGUCUAUGAAGGAGCUGUUUAUAUGAAUCAAGGAAGGACCUAUCUGGUCACGAGUCUGGAUACAAAUAAGAAGAUAGCUUUGUGUGAAUCCGCAGACGUGGAUUACUACACCCAGACUCGGGAUUACACUAAAAUCCAUGUAACUGGUGGUGAAAUUGCUUACGCGUUCAAGGCUCCAAAGAAUCAACUUGAGAAGACAACAGCACAAGCUCAUACCUGUACUGUGAACACCAAGUGGUUUGGAUUUUUCCGUAUCAAAAAAAGAACCAAUGAAGCAUAUGAUGAUGUUGAUCUUUCACUCCCAAGUUACUCUUACCAAUCACAGGCAGUUUGGAUUCAAGUCCCUGAGUCAGUAAAAUUAGCAGUGGAGGAGAAAAAAUUCGAAUUCCGUUCUGGUUUACACGCCGCUUGUCACGCUCUUCUCCACGUUGUUCCACUAUACGUGCGUUGCAACUAUUCAGACUUAGCUCCAGAGUGUCCAAAUCCGCAAGAACAAGGCUAUUUCCCAUCAAGAAUCUUACUAUAUGAUCGUCAUCCUGGAGGAACUGGCAUAUCCGCCCAGAUCCAACCAUUCUUCACAGAGCUUCUAAAAGCUUCUCUUGAUCUCUUAAACUCUUGCUCCUGCUUAGCUGAAACUGGUUGCCCCAGUUGCGUUCAGAAUUUUGCUUGCCAAGAGUAUAAUGAGCUCGUACAUAAGCAAGCAGCUAUCAUGAUCAUACAGGUUAUGAUUUAUUUAAGAAUCAAGCUUGACGCUGAAUCCGAAUCACUUGCUACAAAUUUCCUUGGGAUUUCGAUAUCAGGGAUCUUGGCAAUUGACGGUUGUUGCUCAAAGGAGAGUGAUAGUGGCAGUGGAAGUCCUCCUCCUAGGACUUUUAACUUUGGUGAUGAUGAUCAAACGAUAAUUGUUAAAGGAUUUGACUCUUCCCUUGGUGAAGAACUGAAGAUGAUAUCAAGAGCGCAUUGA